GCGAUGGCCUCGAGCUGGCAUGGAUUCACCAGCCUCUUCUACCCCCCUAUUCCUACUCCUAUAUUGAAUGAAUGAAGGGGGCUUGUCACAAACAACCGUUCCAAAAAUCCUCAAAACAAAUGCAGAGUUCCUGUUCCAUUCCAUAAUUCCUAUUCCCCUAUGUUCAUCCCAACUUUUCAUCCUCUCCAUUUUAGUGCAACGCUGCUUUUCUCACACCCCCCGGCCGGCAGUCGAUUGCCAGCAUCACGAGGGGAUCGUCCGAACGCAACGUCUAGAACACCCAGAACUUACUUUGCUUAUCCACCCGCCCUUCGAGCAUUAACUUCUACCAACUUCCCCCCCCCGAGGCCUCUAUCACCUCCCGAGGCCGUUCUUUGCUUUCCAGCUUGCGGGAUUCUUGCAAAAAUCAUGCCAGAAGAACACCUAACCCUUGAGCCUCCUCGGCGAACAAGUAUCAGCGACCCAGGUGCUCACGACCUUGGUAAGACCUUAUUCAACUUCGCUUUUCAUGUAGCAGCAGCACAUUUCACUAACGCAUUCCUGUAGAGUCUUCUGAUUCCGAUGAUCACUUCUCAGAUGCUCAAUCCGGCCUCGAACAGUCCGGGGCUACCUCUCCCGUCCCUAUUACCCGCGUGGAAAAAGUCGAUAAUGAGCCCAGCUAUGGAGAGGUUCCUGGCACAGCAGCUUACAACAUGAGGGAGAAUGAUGCCGAGCCCGACCAGAUUGCAGUGAUACCUGAUGAGAAAGAGUCCAGCGAUUCUACCCCCAAGGAGCCUACAUCCACCCCCGGGGGACAACCAAUUCCUAUCACCAUCGUUGAGAAAGUCGACCUAGCUACUCCCAGCUUUGGAGAGGUUCCCGGUACUGCAGCUCACGAGAAACGUCUUGCAGACGCCGUACCGGAUUUAGUUGUGAAAUCUGGAGAACGCAGUCAAUCACCAAGCAGCAACCGAUUCAGAGCCAAUAGUACCCCUGGUGACCUUCCCAUCCCAACAACGAAGGUCGAGAAGGUCGACUCAAAGCCUAGCCAUGGCGAAAUCCCUGGCACCGAGGCUUUUGAGCUCAGAAAAGGAGACGCAGAGCCGGACCAGGUGGAAGAAGUUGGUGAUGCGCCAGGUAAGGAUAGUCAGAUUUCUUAUCCUUCAGAGCCAUUGACCGAAUCAGGGUCGCCAACGUCUCCUGUUGCUAGAUCUCCAAAAUCCCCAAGCAUGAGCCACGCGAGACGAAAGUCAUCAGGUGCAUCAAAGGCAGCGGUUCCCAUGGAUGAUUACAAUGAAGAGGAGGAUGGCUCGGAUGGUGGAUUUGGCGAUGAUUUUGAUGAUUUUGAGGAGGGAGGAGAGGAUGAGGAUUUUGGCGAUUUUGAUGACGGAUUUAAAGAGGCAGAGGCAGCUCCUCCUAUCAAACAGUCCUUACCAGCUACACCUGCAUAUGUGAGUAGUAAUCUAUACACUACCAUGAUAAUUCGCUUCGUGCCCUGCAACUGUGACCACUGCUAACAUGCACCAGCCUGUUUUGGAUUUUGCCAACUUGGGCUCAUCUCACGAAAUUAUGGCAGCCACAGAACCAUAUAUGAAUGCCCUCUUUCCGCCUGACACAAUUGAUACUUCUGUUCUUCCUCCUAUGAAUGCCGAAAACCCAAUCUUUCUCACGUCACGUAGUGCUUCCCUCUGGUCACAAUUAGUAGCCCCGCCACCACUUCAACCUCCCAACUGGAUCCGGUCUCGGAUUCGAAGGCUCUUUUUAGUAUCUCUAGGUGUACCAGUUGAUCUAGACGAGAUAUUACCUGCAUCUAAGCAGAAAAAGCUCAUCCUCCCUUCAAUACACCUGAACCCACCUUCUACCUCGCCACGGACUUCCACGGACUCCCGUUCUGUUACCCGGUUGAAGAACGACAACGCUUCUUCAACGUCUCUGGAUUCUCAAGGUAAACCUGCUCGCUCAGACUCGAAGAGGAGGAGAGGUCCACCACCAGCUCCACAACUUGACUUGGUAUCGGCACGACAACUAUGUACCAUCACAGAUCAGGCAUUGAAUGGUCUCACGGCGGAAGAAUUGAAAGGGCAUGUCAAGAAGCUGGAAGCUAUGCGGGUUACUGCCAAGGAGGUGCUGGAUUAUUGGACGAAGAGAACAGAUGAAAAACUCGGGGAUAGAGAGGCGUUUGAGGGGGUGAUUGAGAAUCUAGUGAAACAUGCUAGAAAGACAAGGAAGUAGGCGAAUAGAAUGAGGAGUAUAGACUUUAGGCUCUAGAGCCUACCAUAUUAAUACACCAUAUAUCAUUCGCAUCAAA